GUGGCUAUAAAAUCCACUAGCCAUCGCAGAGAAGUCAGACCUCAUCCUCCAAGGAGCUGCAGCAAUGAAGGCUUUAGUCCUCACCGUCCUCUUCCUCCUCAUUGCAGCCAGUGAAGCCACAGUGUAUACCAAAUGUGAACUGGCUUCAGCUCUGAAACAAAAUGGCAUGGAUGGCUAUUAUGGCUACAGCUUGGGCAACUGGAUCUGUAUGGCUUAUCAUGAAAGCAGGUACAACAGCAGAGCUGUGGGGCCACCAAACUCGGAUGGCAGUCGUGACUAUGGGAUUUUCCAGAUAAACAGCCGCUGGUGGUGCAACAAUUACCAGGGUCCUACAGCUAAUGGCUGCAAUAAGCCUUGCAGUGCUUUCACAGAUGAUGACAUCACAGAUGAUAUUGUUUGUGCUAAGAGAAUUGUGCGUGAUCCGAACAAGAUGGAUGCCUGCACGGAGUUGGGGCAGGUAGCAGAAGAAUUUGGCAGAUGGCUUUUUGAACACCAGGACUCUGACCCCAUGGAUGAGCUCCAUGGGACCAGAGAUCUGGGUUGCCUGGACAAACAACUGCAGAGGAAGAGAUCUGUCAGAAUGGACUCGUGGCUGCAGGCUCUGAGAUUCACCAUCCUGCACUUCUCUUCACCCUCCUGUGAUGAAAGCGAUGAUAUUCCUGAUAUCAACAAGAUUUAA